UAUUCUCUUUAGUGUUUGCCCUGUCCACAUACACACUCUACCUCUCCCCUGUGUUUUCAUACUAAACCAGUCCAGAACCCCCCUUAAAUUGGACAAAAGGCGAGCACACACUACGUUUUAAUAUCGUACCUCAUGGAGUAAAUCACAACCUGGAGCGAAACGCACCGAGAAAGAGCUUUGCAGCCGUUCUUCAUUCUACAUACCCACACUGUCUCUCUGCCUUUCUCACACACACGCACAACUCUUCUUAGUAAAGAUCUUUCCCUACCUGGCUGCAAAGCUUAUAACUGGUCAUUCAAUCAAGCUAUCAUCCUCUUAGCCAAUCAGAAUGUCGCAGCUUCAGUUCCAGGCAUCUGGCAACACUGCACCCAAUGUUGCCCCUAUACAGCUGGCCCCGCCCCAACCAGGGUUCAGUAUUCCCUGUGCCACUGCUUCAUUACCCUCAGAGAGUGCGAGUCACCCGCUACGAAGCUCCGCCCUACCUUCUGCUUCUGUCACGCCCUUCUGCAACCCUACAGUAUCUAACAUGGCAAACCCUAAAGAGAAGACCCCAAUGUGUUUGGUGAAUGAGUUAGCCCGUUACAAUAAGAUCCAACCUGAAUACAAGCUACUCAGUGAACAAGGACCAGCCCACUCCAAGAUUUUCUCAGUGCGGUUAACUCUGGGGGAGCAGCACUGGGAUGCAGAGGGGACCAGUAUUAAAAAAGCCCAACACACGGCAGCAUCAUGUGCUCUCGCCCAAACGAUUCUGCCAAAACCCAGUCACAGAAGCCCCCGCCACCUUGGCAAGAACCCUGGUGGGAUCUACAAGGGCUCAGAGUAUGGCGUAACCCACACUGUGGAGCUUAAUGCACUUUGUAUGAAGCUGGGCAAGAAGCCUAUCUAUAAACCUAUAGAUGCCUACCAGGGGAUGAGACCAGCGUUCAACUACAACAUCAGAGCGCCAGGCCCUUAUGCACGCUCUAUGCAGCAUUAUUACUACCCAUUUCCCCCGGUGGGGCCUGUACUGUAUCAUAUGGAGCUGUCUAUCGGUGGACAACAGUUCCAUGGCAAGGGCUGCACUCAACAGGCAGCCAAACACGACGCUGCUGCUAAAGCUAUCAAAUAUCUACAGAAAGAGCCAAUACUGCAGCAACUAGCAGAGAUGAAAGAAGAGCCGAUAGAAGAAAACCUCAACAAAUCAGAGAUCAGCCAAGUUUUCGAGAUUGCACUGAAACGCAACAUGCCUGUGAAUUUCGAGGUGCAAAAAGAAGCGGGACCUCCUCACAUGAAGAGGUUUGUGGUGAGAGUGUCAGUCGGUGAGUUUUCAGGGGAGGGUGAGGGCAAAAGCAAGAAGAUUGCCAAGAAGCUAGCUGCCAUCGCUGUGCUGGAGGCGCUUCGGAAACUACCGCAACUACCUGUCACUGACAAAAUGCCUUUACGCAUUAAAAAGAAAAGCAAGUCCAUCAUUAAGCUGCAGACAAGUCCAGAGUAUGGGCAGGGCAUGAACCCCAUCAGCAGACUCGCUCAGAUCCAGCAGGCGAAGAAAGAAAAAGAGCCUGAGUACACCUUAGUGACAGAGAGAGGACUGCCCCGACGCAGAGAGUUUGUCAUGCAGGUGUCUGUUGCAGGGCAAAGUGCUGAGGGAAUGGGCCCUAGUAAAAAAGUGGCCAAGCGAAAUGCAGCCGAGAAGAUGCUGGAGCUUCUGGGCUUCAAAGUGCCUCAGCCACAACCACACAAACCAUCUUUAAAAACUGACGAAAAGCCACCUGCUAAAAAACCUGGAGAUGGACGAAAAGUAACCUUUUUUGAACCAGGCUCUGCGGAGAAGGCUGGUCUUGUCAAUAAGGAGGAAGACUUCCGACUCCCCUUCUUCAGCCAUCAACAGCUCCCUGCUGGCAUUUUACCCAUGGUGCCUGAGGUGGCACAGGCAGUGGGAGCCAACCAUGGACCUCAUGCCAAAGACUUCAGUCGCCCUGCUGCCCCAAACCCGGCCAAGGCCACAGUCACCGCAAUGAUUGCCAAUGAGCUGCUUUACGCUGGUACAUCCCCAACAGCAGAGGGUAUACUGAAGACCAAAACCAGCCUGGCACACAAACCCAACGGACCCCUUACCAGACCAUCCGAGCAGCUCAGCUACCUGGCAUCUGUACAGGGCUUACAGGUUGAAUACAAAGACUUUCCUAAAAACAACAAGAACGAGUUUGUGUCUCUGAUAAACUGCUCCUCUCAGCCUCCUCUCAUCAGCCAUGGCAUCGGCAAAGAUGUGGAGUCCUGCCAUGACAUGGCUGCUCUGAACAUCCUGAAGCUCCUGUCAGAACUUGACCAACAGUCCAAUGAGCGCACGGCCAAUGGACCAUUGUCAGGAACAGGUGCAGCAAACAAGACCAAGAGGGGGACGCAUUAUUAAAACCGGCUAACUCAAGCACCAUCGGAAAGACUCUGGACAGCACAGCGUAGAAUUUACUAUUUGAUUGGUCUUUUUAUCUACAAAACACUAGAGAAAAGUCACAAGCAGAGUUCUAAUCAGCUUCUCACAAGGGCCUUGGAUAUAUUCUAAACUAUUCUAAACUCGCAUUUAAACAAGGUUGAGAGAUUUUACUCCUUGAUGUUGUUUAAUUGUACACAUGCAGUAAUCGAUUUAUUUAAUAUGCUAAGGCUUUGAAAAAGUUGCCCCAUCAUAUCCAGUGAAGUGGUGGUUUUGUUUUUGUUGUUGAAUCGUAAAAUGAUACUCGUGACGAAUUGAGUAGAGAGACUUUUUCUUUGUUGUUCCAAGUGCAGGAAGUCAUGUUUUCAUUGCCAUGAUUUUUUUAUUUUUUUUUAUUUCGUCUCUCUUUUUUUUAAUUGUUGUAUUAUAGGAACCCAGUGAGUUGGGUUGUUGUGUUGGCGCUGUUGUGAAGUGCAGUUUAAAACCCCAUUGAAGGAUAUGAUGAAGCUUUCAAACACAUCUCUGCUAUGGUGGUUUUUCUUCAGUGCUUUUUGAGUUACACUGAUGACUAUAACACACGAAACACAACAACAACGAAAAAAAUUCAUUGACAUUUUUAUGUAGGCUUGGGAAAAUGUUUUUGUUACUUCAGUGUAGAGUGUGUGUGUGGUAAUAUCUAUGUGUGUGAGAGAGAGUGAGGGAGUGAAUGUAUGUUUCAAGCAUGAUAGUCUUGACAGUUAAACUGUUGCUCCUCCUCCUCUGUGUUGACCACACCUACUUUCUGCCAGUUGCAUCUUCUUUUCCUUAUGAAAUACCAGUAAAAAUGAUGUGCCUCUUGCACAAAAAACACA